AUGCUGAACCGGUCACGUUUGCGCCGCGUGUGGCUCGGAGGAACCGCGGCAAACACAUCGCUGGGGCGUGAUGUAAUGCCCAGUACCGGAAAAUACAUCAACAUUGUGAGCCCAACGGAUGUGGCGGCAAAUAUUUCUGCUGGUGCAAUGCCUCCUGAGGCGAACGUUGCGGCCGCUCUUCCGGUGCCGCGAAUUCAAUAUAGCAAAUGGAACCGUGCGCUGCGAAGCGAUGUUUACGACGAGCUGCUGAAACUACCGCUCCGAUACAAAUUGCACGACUUCGCUAAAUUGUGCCCACCGCAACGUUGUCAAGAAGAACCCGAAGCAGUUGGUGUAGUGGGAAGGGAUUCUGCUGUUGGGUACCUUCCGCCUUUAGGACCCGCUGAUCCGCUCGAUACGAUUCCAUUUUUCGUACACCGCAGCAGUAACGGUGUACUUCCAGGAAAGGUGUUCUCUAUGCAUCCUCGUAACUUAAUGCCAGCAUUUUACCUCCGCAUCCAACAGGUGGAGGGCGAUAUGUUCCGCUUUGAGGAGGAACUGCUCAAGAUUUUUCCAACAAAAAAAAUAUUUGUGCGGAGCCACUCCAUUUAUGUGUACAAUGUGGCACUUGAUGGUCGUAUGGUGUUGCACCACUGGCUGCUGGGGUUGGGUUUCUGA